AUGCACAGCAAGCAAGCCAUUUCCGCCAUGGUGGCCGUUGGCAUGGCCACUGGUGCCGUCGCUAUCGGUUGCAGUGAUGCCACCAUUACUAUUUCCUCCCCCGCUGAUGCCACGACCCUCGCCAGUUGCGAUACCGUCAAGGGUGACGUAGUCAUUGCCACCGGAGCUGGCAGCACCAUUGACUUCUCCGGCGACCUGACUUCGAUCGGCGGUGACCUUACCUGCCAGCACAACGGUGGUUUGAUUCAGCUCAGUUCCACCUCGCUGGAGAGUAUCGGCGGUGCAUUCCAUCUCGAGAACAUCACCAUGAUGUCCACCCUGAAGUUCACUGCUCUCGAGUCUGUGGGCAGCAUCUCGUGGCAGUCGCUGACGGCGUUGGGCGAGUUGACAUUCGGCACACCCGGUGUCACAAAGGCAGAGAGCGUCGUUAUCGCCGACACUUUCCUGAGUAGUUUGGACGGCAUCAACGUGCGAUCUCUGACUGACAUGAACAUCAACAACAACCGUCGUCUGACCGACUUCAGCACUCAGCUGAGCAACCUGACGAACGUUCUGAACAUCAACGCCAACGGUCUGAACUUGAAGGUUGACCUGCCCAAUUUGGAGUGGAUCGCCAACAUGACCAUCUCUAACGUCACCAGCUUCUCAGCUCAGUCCCUGGCAGCCGUCAAUGGUUCUAUGCGAUUUGACUCCAACUACUUCGAGUCGGUCAGCUUCCCCAACCUCACCGAUGUGCAGACCGGAGAUUUCUCCUUUGUCAGCAACCCUAAACUUGCCAACCUUACCGCUCCCCUUUUGACGAAGAUUGGCGGUGGUUUCAUCAUUGCGAACAACACUGCUCUUGAGGAACUGAACGGCUUCGCCAAGCUCGAGACCGUCGGUGGUGCCGUUGCCCUCCGUGGAUCUUUCUCGGAAAUCUCCCUCCCUGCCUUGGACGACGUGAAGGGCACCUUCACCGCCACCUCCACUGGAGACAUUCAAGAUUCGUGCGAUGUUUUGGACGAGCUUUCCUCUGAUGGUGGCAACGGUGACAUCCAGGGCACCUACGCCUGCACUAGCAACAACACCAACGCCAACAACGAUACCUCAUCCACUGGCUCAACCGGUGGUGGCACUAGCAACACCGACAGUGGUGCCUUCCACUUGUCCAGCAGCAUCUCCACCAUUGUCACGCUGGCGUCGCUGGCUGCCAUGGUCAGUGCGUUCUUGUAA